AAGUUGUUUAAUUUGCUUCGAGUAACAUUGAUAUGCAGAGCGCUUUAUAGAGUUUAGUGCAGCGCACUUCAUCUGAUGACUAAUGAUACAGCUAUUAGUUCAUAAAUCAAGCCGCAUAUACAUAUUUUCCCUCCCUCAUGUUCGGGACUUGUAGGGAAUUCUCUGGAAGACUGUUCCAUUUAGGCUUCAACCUCAGCUGCAGCAUCUCCUUCAGAACCAGCACGUUUCACCCGAUCACACAGCUUUCUUCUGUACAUCGUUUGUUCCUUCGAUCAGCGUCCGGUGUUCCUGUACUAAAGUCUGCUGGAGUCAUUCGUUACCUGUCUGGUUUUCCCCAUCCUACUGCAGACAUGGAUUUAAAGGGAGUGCUGGGGGUUCUCGAGCAGCUUGCUCCUCUGUCAUUGGCUGAAUCGUGGGAUAACGUUGGGCUGUUGGUGGAGCCCAGCAAACCCCGUCCAAUCAGAACAAUCCUGCUGACCAAUGACCUGACCGCGGGCGUCAUGGACGAAGCUGUAGCUCUGAAUUGUGACCUCAUUGUCUCAUACCACCCGCCGCUCUUUCGCCCGUUCAAGCGCUUGCUUCAGAAGGACUGGAAGCAGCGCUUGGCCGUCAGAGCAAUAGAGGCCGGUAUUGCCAUUUUCUCCCCGCACACUUCAUGGGACAGCGUUGAAGGCGGCGUUAAUGAUUGGCUAGUUGGAGGAAUGGGAAGUGGAAAGGUGUCAGUAUUAAGUCAAGCCCUCUCUAGCGGCCCGCAGAAACACAGACUUGAGUUCUCAUGCGUGGGUGAUGAACUAAACAGUCUUUUGGAGCAGCUGAGACACAUCGAAGGCAGUGAAAACCUUCAGUGCUCCUCAGUAAGAAAUGAAAGUGGAGAGCAGCAGGUGAACCUCAUCUGUAACAGUUCAGCACUGACCGCUGCUGUGCAGACUCUGCUUUCAGAUCCACAUGCCAGCAGAUCCCUGACCAUCACACAAGUCCAACAGCCUCCUCUGUUGGGUUGUGGUCAGGGGCGACUCAGUGUUCUGGAUGAGCCAGUGUCUGUUUCUACAGCAGUGCAGAACAUGAAGACUCACUUGGGUUUGCCCCAUUUGAGACUGGCUCUGGGGGACCAGCAGACAUUAGACUCUCUGGUGAAGACGGUUGCAGUGUGUGCGGGGUCCGGAGCGUCUGUCAUUCAAGCCGUAAAAGCAGACCUUUACAUCACCGGUGAGAUGUCUCAUCACGAGGUUCUAGAUGCGGUUUCUAAAGGCACGAGUGUGAUUCUCAGUGACCACAGCAACAGUGAGAGAGGCUUCCUGACCGUAUUCAGACAGAGACUGAAUGCACGCCUGGGCCACACGGUUACUGUGGCCAUCUCCCAAAAAGACCAAGAUCCACUUCAGGUGGUCUGAUUUCAUCCGAUCGUACUUUUAGUAUUCAGAGCCCACUGGAAAUAUGAAUAUGAGUACUGUAUAUCAUGAAAAAAUGUCAUCGUCUGACCUCGAAAGGGAUAGUUCUGCCAUCAUUUACUCACCCUGAAGUUGUACCAAAUUUGUAUGAAUUUCUUUCUUCUGCUGAGCACCAAAGAUAUUUUGAAGACUGUUGGUGACCAAACAGUUUCUCCAUUGAUUUGCAUUCUAUUUAAUUUCCAUCCUGUUGAACUUAAUAGAGACCAGCAAGUGUUUGGUUACUUACGUUCUUCAGAAUAUCUUCAUUUGUGUUCAGCAUAGGAAAGAAAUUCAUACAGGCUUGAAACAACUUAAGGGCGAGUAAAUUAUGACAGAAUUUAAAAGUAAAGGUUGUGAAUGUAAAAGUAACAUUGUCCUAUAAACAAACAAAAUAAACUUCAUUAUGACAAA